AAAUCAGCUGAACAUUUCCUAUACGGUCUAUGACGAUUAGUUUCCUACUCGCACAUUUUUUACAUUGCAAACGCUAUCGCAGGUACAAGUUCAGCUCUCUCCGGACAAAACUGUGUCUUGCCUUCGUUGAAAUGGACGACUGCAGUCCAACAGGGAGGACAAAUUCAGGAAGUUAAAGCGAAUAAUGUGAAAAUAGAAACUAUGUGCUCCAUGGGAACCAAAGCGGAGCUGCAAAUGACGCUGUCCGAGCCAGCUCUUGUCCUGGAGCUGAAGACCAGGCGUCCUCCGUCCUUGGAGGGCCGAGCGGGAUGUGAAACCUGGAGCGUGGACUUCUCCCCGGACGGAGCCUGGUUCGCCUGGUCGAUGGGACACGGGAUCGUCUGGGUGGUCGCCUGGCCUCUCGACUCCGAAGACAGUCAGAAUGGAGAGACUGACCGAGGGGACAAGAGCUUCAGCUGUGGUCAUCCAGUGUGGGGCCUUGCCUUCGGACCCAGACCUCCAAAAUCAGCUGCUGCACCACGCCCAGCUGAAACAUCAUCAAAGUGGAACAAAAGCCUGCUUCUGGCCACCGGUUUGGAGAACGGGGUGAUCAAAAUCUGGAAUGUGUUAACAGGUGAUCCUGUAUUUGAUCUCCAUGGACACGAAGGUGUUGUUAGGGACCUGGUCUUCCCUCAGAACGGGACACUCACACUUAUUUCAUCUUCUCGGGACAAGACAUUGAGAAUUUGGGACCUGGCUCAGAAAGGCAAAAAGGUGCAGGUGCUUUCUGGCCAUAAAGACUGGAUCAGCUGCUGCUGUGUAUCAUCAGACUGCAGCAUGAUUGCGUCCGUUGGCAGAUUUGACAGAAUGGUGUGUCUGUGGAGUCUGCGGUCAUAUACGUUCAUCAGGAACCUGUCAGGAGGGCUCCACAAGACCUUGUACCUCCUGUCUUCCUGUGACUUCUCUCCUGACGGAGCAGUGCUCGCCACGGCAGCUUUCAGUGGCUCCAGCUGGUGGAUCGACCUCUGGGACCCGUACACUGCAGAGAAACUGGCCACUCUGCUUGAUUAUGCUGAAGAUUACAGGCAAAAACAAAUCUCAGCAAUACAGUUCUCUCCCAACGGGUUGUACUUGGCAAUGGUGACUGACGACAGGGCUCUCCGGAUCUGGGAGCCGGGGCAGAAAGGCAUGGUGAUGCAGACGAAAGUGGACAGAGACUCUAACGGACUCUGCUGCAACUACCAUCCACGAGGGGGAGUGGUCGCCACAGGAACCAGAGACGGUCACGUGAGGUUCUGGAGGGCGCCCAGGACUGUGCCCAGCCUGUGCCACCUGUGUCGAUCCAUUCUGCGCCACUCGGUCUCCACCCACCAGAUGGAGCCGCUGCCCCUCCCCAAAAGGAUUCUCGAGUACCUCACCUACAGAAACAUCCCCAACCACCUAGAGACCUGCUGCUCCUCAGAUGAAGAGGAGUGGCUUAAAUAGGAACCUUACCCACAAGAACUGACAUUUACAGCUAGUGAUUGUCACGCAUCAGCUCAUAUUAAUACUAAAAGCCUCUUGUGUGCCGUUUGAGAUAUUCCCAAAGCUGGAUAUAGCACAGGAACCGUCUCUUACUAUAAUCUAUUUCACGAUGCAACAUUCCUUCAUUUAGGAUUUCAUUUAUUGCACUAUUACUGUAUGAUGAUACAUAAACUCAAUGUUUUCAUGUGAAUUGAAUAUCAACAUUUUAUAUUAAUUUAUUGUGUAAAUAUAUGUAUAUAUAUAUUUCUGUUCAUCAUAAAACAGCACUUCUACAGUACUGUACUUGCACAUGUUGAUAAGAAAACUAUUAGAAAAAUGUAUUAAACCAAUUCAAACACG